GUGUCGCUAGCAGUGUGUUGACUGCGGCGUCAACUACAGCCACCGAAGCUGCUCCUACCGUCAGUGACGUCGACCUUUGCCGCUGUCUCCAUCCUAAAGCAAGUUUAACGCUCUUGAUGUUGUCCUCCAGGAAACAACCAACACUUCCUUAACGACAAGUUUGAAGCCUGCUCUUCUACUGCUGUGCAUCAUGUGGAGGAAGGCCUCGGUGGCGGCCCUCUUGGCGCUGGCGGUCAGCUAUCUCUACCACGGCGGCCCUGACUUGCCCGAGCAGCUUCUCCAGUAUGUCAGGCUGCCCGGCUUCCAGUCAUCCCCGCAGAGGCAGCAGCACCUGGAACGGGUCAUAUCCGACGCCUGGGACUCGCUGAUCACGUUGCCCAGGCGGCAGUGGAGCCGUGUGGCUGUCGGCGUGAACGCCUGUGUGGACGUGGUGGUGUCAGGCGUGGGCCUUCUACAGGCGCUGGCAGUGGAUCCCGGCAGCGGCCUGGAUCACGAAGUCCUGCACUCCAAAGAAGACCUGAAGGAAGCCUUCAUCCACUACAUGGAGCGUGGGGCAGCCGCUGAGCGUUUCUUCAGCGACAAGGAUGUGUUCCAGAGGAUUGCCCGAGCAGCUGCAGAGUAUCCUAGCGCCAAGCUGUAUGUUGGAGGGAACGCCGCCCUCAUUGGUCAGAAGCUUGCAACCUAUCCAGAUCUCAUGGUUUUGUUAUGUGGGCCAGUUGGACCCAGACUCCAUGAAAUGCUGGAUGAGCAGAUUGUUGUUCCACCGGGUUCCCUCCAGGAGACAGAUGAAUAUCAUCUCAUCCUGGAGUACAAAGCGGGUGAGCAGUGGGGUUCAACGCGGGCACCUCAAGCUAACCGCUUCAUCUUCUCUCACGACGUGUCCAACAGUGAGAUGAGCUCACUGGAGACAUUCGUGGCGAGCCUGGAGGAGUUUCAGCCGGACCUAGUGGUCCUGUCAGGGCUCCACAUGAUGGAGGGCCAGGGCAGGGAGUUGUGGGAGGAGCGUCUCAAAGAGGCAGUGGCAGCCAUAUCAGACAUUCGUAAGGACAUUCCCAUCCACUUGGAGCUGGCCAGCAUGACGGACAAAGACUACAUGAACAGCAUCAUGCAAGAGUUCAUGCCCAUUGUCAGCUCUAUCGGGCUGAACGAGCAAGAGCUGUUGUUCCUGUCGCAGGCCGGCGGCGGGCCCCACUCUCAGCUCAGUGCCUGGAAGGGCGUCCCCGAGGUGGGCCAGGUCAGCGACAUCCUCCUUUGGAUUCUGGAGCGCCACGGCCGCAGCGACCCCUCGUCGGAGGCCGAGCUGACCCGCGUCCACUUCCACACGCUGGCCUACCACGUGCUGGCCACUGUGGACGGCUACUGGGACAACCAGGCGGCGGCGGUGAUGGCGGGAGCUCGGGUGGCCAGCAGUCAGGCAUGCGGCGUGCAGGCGGUUGAUGUCACCAAGGUGGAGCUGAAGGUGCCACUCCACUUUCACAGUUCACACUUUGAGCCUCGUGAAGCGCUGUCCCUUGACCCAACGGCUCCGGCAACGGCGUGGCGUCGGGGAAACGUCACCUUCCACCUGACACCGGUGCUGGUCUGCAAGCAGCCGCUUCGGACAGUGGGACUCGGUGACGCCAUCUCAGCAGAGGGACUGGUUUACUCGGAACUCAAGGGCCAGCAGCCCUUCUGAGGUUGCCUGCAGUCAGACCAUCCAGGUGAUGGGCGGUAGGUGAGCCCGCUUCUGCGUCUUCCUCUGUGGUUCCAAAUCCUGCCUGUGGACACGUCCCGCCUAUCUCCGUCGUCUGACACGGACUGAGCGUGUCCCACAAAGGUGGGCGAACUCUAUGCAUAUGGGGGGCGCCAAUGGGACAUCUUUAGUUGAAGUGGCUCACCAAUUUUAGCUCAGUAUGGUGUGCCUUCACAUAAGUCAAUAUAUUCACAUUUCAGGGCCAAAUUAAGGCUUUGUCCACACAAACACAUGUAUUUUUAAAUAUUUUUGACAUUUCGCAACCUGCUAACUAUUUUUUGUCGUUUCCUUUUCUGAUUUUGUUUCACAUCACCUCCGUCCUACAAAAGGCAUGUAUAUGUUUUUUUUUUGUUUUUUUUGGUAAUGGGUUUGAAAAAUCAUUUU